AUGCCGCCUAAUCCACCCGAGGAGUUUUCGCCCGCUACGAUUUCUGCAUAUACCUCAGAGUCAGAAACCACUACCACACCCGUUUUUUCUUCCUCCGAGAAAUAUCUCACUAAUCCAUAUAACUCCAUGCAACAUUUAGCUAAUAUGGGUACAACCACAACCAACGUCACAGAGCACAACUUGACCCCACCAACGGAUGGUCCUCGAAUAGACACCGAGUUCGUAAUACGUGGACAUCAGAAACAAAUACCUACACGGAAAAGAUCUAAUUCAAAACCUUUGCAAGAUUUACACACCUUCGCAUUAUCUUCAACCCCUUCCAUAAAUUCAAAUUUUUAUAACAAUAAUAAUCAUGACAACUUAAAGACCUCUCAUUUCGAUAUACCUAACUUACAAUCCAUAAAUUUUGAUCUUCCUUACAAGUCAAAUAGUCUUCUCGGCAAACUACGCCAGCAGUAUGAACCGGUUGAAAAGGAAAAGGUUAUAUCAAGCUUGGCCUCGAAAGUUCUACCCUCCGAGAAAUCUGGAUCUUCAAUCAAUAGUUUAUCAGAUCUAGUUAAAUAUUUAUUUAGUUCCAUUAACAUUGUUUCUGUGAAGUUUCUUGUUUUGUGUUUAUUAUGGUAUGCAUCCUCUGCUGUGACAAACAACAUCGGCAAGCAAAUUUUAAACCAAUUCAAACAUCCAGUUACUUUGACCUGGAUUCAAUUUGGCUUCGUUGGUUUAUACUGCUAUGUAAUUGGACAUACGUUUGGAUACACUAGAAUUAAAAGACCUACCAAAAGUAUCUUACGCACCACCUUACCCCUGAGUUUAUUCUCAAUUACCGGCCACGUACUGUCCAGUGUAGCAACGAGCAUCGUUCCCGUGAGUUUUGUGCACACGACAAAGGCCCUCUCACCCUUGUUCACGGUAUUUUUUUAUCGAUUCGGUUUUAAAGUCAACUAUUCAUAUCGUGUAUAUAUCUCGUUAAUACCGCUCACCAUCGGAGUGAUGCUCGCCUGCUCCUCCUCAUCCACUGCAAGUUUCAUCGGAUUCCUUUUUGCCUUGGGAUCAACUAUAAUUUUUGUUGCCCAAAACAUUUUUUCAAAGAAGUUGCUUUUCAAUCAAUCUCAUCCCGGUUAUGAAAGACAUAAGCUCGACGAGUUAAACCUUUCCUUUUACUCGAGUACGACGGCCUUUUUCCUUAUGAUUCCCUUGUGGUUAUAUUACGAAGGUUUUCGUUUGAUCUUUUUGUCGCCAUCAUCACCCACUUCUUCAAAUGGUUGGCUUAUUACCUUUUAUUUUUGGCUAAAUGGGACCACUCAUUUUGCUCAAAACAUUUUGGCUCUGUCAAUUUUAUCUAUCACUUCUCCUGUCACUUAUUCAAUAGCCUCAUUAGUAAAGCGAAUUUUUGUGGUCACCGCAAGUAUCAUAUGGUUUGGUCAGAAAACUAGUCUUACUCAAGGAAUUGGGAUAUUUUUGACCUUUGGUGGUUUAUACAUGUAUAACCAGGCAAAGAGAGAUGUUGAAAAGAAGGAAAGAAAAGCUCGCGAAAGGGAGGAAAUCGUGCUACCACUUACUAGAUCAGAAAAAUCUUGGGCUCAUCUGCGUGCGCGCGUAAUUUUCCAAAAUGUAUUCACUUUGUAG